UAAACUUGUCGAUCAGUCUGUGCAGGACGCGAACGUCAUACAACGUUGAGACGACGCUCACUUUGCGAGAAGGCAUCCAGGGAGAGAAUCGAUCACUCCAGCUGAUGAUGGACGGAGUGAUUGCCUAGUUAUAAGCCGCUUCGAAGGAUCAGCCUGCAUCAUCCACCUGGCGAGUGGCGAGCGAUCUCCUGCGAGAAGCGCGUUUCUCUUUUCUCAAAGCUAGGAAAUGCAGAAAAAUGGCGCUCCUUCUCCGAAGCUCGCGGAAUAAAUUCUCUCAAUAUUUUACUUCCCAGGGAGCGUGACAACUGCAGCCCAAGAACGCGGCAGAAUUUUCUUUUGGCUUGUCGCGCCGGUCAAAAAGAGUCAACGGGUAUAUCCACGAAGAUGCGGCCCCGUCACUGACGGCCGGCGGGAACCUUCACUGGCCGUCAGCCGUUGACGUUUUUGUUCUGUCGGCGAUCGCACUGAUCAUGUCGGAUGCUGUGAUCAAUGGACUGGCUGGAGCUGGCGGUGGUCUCGUCGCCCAGCUCCUCACAUACCCUCUUCAAGCUGUAAGUGAACACGAGACAACAGCACUGGAAAGAAAAGGCUGCAAAUGCACUCGUCCCGGGGAUGUUUUCUGGUUUGUGUUUUACAUUCUUCGUUUUUACAACUCUCUUUGGAUUACUUUCGUCAAGUUUACACUGUGGAUCCAUGGCAAGUUUGGCUUCCAGGGUGUGUAUUACUACUUUUACGAGAUCUUUCGGAAUGCGGCAGAGCUUGCUGCAGCAGAGAACGGAAGGAUGGGUGUUGGCGAUGGUUCCGUCGGUAUUGUUUCUUUCCUGUGGCAGCCGCUGCUGGGUGAGAAUGUUUUCCUUGCUACUAACAUCAUAAAUAAAAACUUUUCGCGAAUCCGAUUUGGCGAAGCAGGGUUCUGGAAAGGAGUUUUGCCAACUUUGAUGAUGGUCAGCAAUCCGUCCAUUCAGUUUAUGAUCUUUGAGACUUUACUUAAGCAAAUUCGUUCCAACCAAGAACAGCAGAGUCACGGCUCCAAGCGAAACAAGACACCACCAAACACGCAGCCGCGCAAGUAUUUAGGCACGUCAAACCUUCGUUUACACAUGAAACACAGUUUGCGGCACACUAAUUUGACUGUGUUCUUUUCUCUUUCCCAGGCACACUGGACGCUGCAGCGAAAAUGCUUCAGCAUGGAGGCAUUGGGGAACUUUUACCGAGGCAUGAGUAUAGCAUCGGCGAUACUGUUUAUGAUCAAGGAAGAACUCGUCAAGAUAGACCAGCUUGAUUCCGUAUCGAGGCUCUCGUUAUUCUCCAAAAGUCAGCCCGUGCUUCAGUCUGUAGUUCUUCGAUCAGUAACGACCGUUCUUACAGGAGACGCCUUUGAAACAGCAACCGACAGUCAAACUUCCGUAGUGGUUAUCAGCUGCACGGCUCGUUCCUUUUAA